UAUUCUUUUUCUCUGUUGCAAGUUAUGCUGUUUCAUCUGGUGGAUUAACUGAGCAGGAAGUAACAUGAAGAUGCCAUUGGCCUUGCUAUUCAUUCGUGCAUGAAGUUGAUCGGGAGGCACCACCCAACCAUUGUCUCCAACAAAAGCAUCAGCUCUUCAACCUCCUCUCAAACGCUUCUGAGCCCCCCCUUUUGCCUCUGGGAAAAUGGCCGAAGCAGUUCUCUUCAGCCUUGCCACCAACAUACUGAAUAGCCUCGCCGCUGAAGUGGCGAAACCCGGAGGCUCCUUUGCUUCUCAGAAGAUCCAGUUGCUCUGCAGUGCCAAGGACGAGCUCCAAAGCCUUGAGAGGACUAUCCAGUCCAUCCAAGCUGUGCUUUUGGAUGCCGAGAAGCAGCAAUGGCACAACCACCAGGUCAAGCUCUGGCUCAAGAGGCUCAAGGACGUGCUGUACGACGUGCAGGACUUGUUCGAUGAUGUCGCAACUGAAAAUCUGAGGCGAAAGGUCGCUUCUGGCAACAAGACCUGGAAAGAGGUACGCCUUUUCUUCUCCAAAUCGAAUCAGCUUGCACACCGGCUCAAAGUGGCUAAUAAGAUUCAGGAACUUAGGAAGACACUGGAUGGGAUUGAAAAGGAUAAGAUGUUCCACUUAGAGAGGCAUCUGAUUGAGGAAACAAUGGCCAUUGGGCGAGGAAAGAAACCUGAAUUUUCCGCACCCGAUGAGCAAAUAAUUGGUAGGGAGGAGGACAAAGAAAACGUCAAACGACUUUUGUUCGAUCCCUCCUCUAGCGAAACUGUGUCAUUUGUUUCCAUCGUUGGUAAAGGAGGUCUUGGAAAGACCGCACUCGCACGGCUAGUAUUCCACGAUAGGGAGGUAGAAAAACAUUUCGAUCUUAAGAUGUGGGUGUGCGUAUCUGAUGUCUUCGAUGUGAAAUUCAUUAUCAAAGAAAUUCUUAGAUCAGCAAAAGUUGAGUGUCAGGGACAAGAUCAUGAGAAUAAGCCUAUAGAAGAAUUGCAGUCUCUUCUUCGUGAGACACUAGCAAGGAAGAAAUACUUGCUUGUUUUGGACGACAUGUGGAAUGAAGUUCGGCUUAAAUGGUUGGAGCUUGGAGAUUGGCUAAAGGGUGGCGUGCGGGGAAGCAAGAUACUCAUAACCACUCGCAGCCACAAGGUUGCAAAGGUCACGGAUGAGAAAUCGGCUAUCUAUGAUCUGCAAGGCCUACCUAGAGACGAGUCCUGGGAUCUAUUCAGGGAAGCGGCGUUCGGGGAUAGGCGAGCAUCGGUGGAUCAGAGAUUGGAGGAGAUGGGAAAAGAUAUAGUCAGGAAAUGCGCUGGGGUUCCUCUUGCCAUCAGAACUGUAGGAAGCCUUUUGUACGGCAAAAAGGAAGAUGGGUGGCUCCGUUUCAAAGUGAAGGAACUUCCAGAAAUACAAGAAAUUGAUGCGCUUGAUAAUGGCAUCAUGCAAGUCCUCAAGUUCAGUUACGAUCAUCUCCCAUCGUACUUGAAAGAUUGUUUUGCAUAUUGCUCAUUGUUUCCGAAAGAUUGUAUCUACAAUAAGGAGACGAUGAUACAACUUUGGAUGGCGCAAGGCUUUAUUAAGUCACUCAAUGGGGAGGAUAACCUUGAAGAGAUCGCUGAUAAUUACUUGUCAGACCUACUAUAUAGGUCAUUUUUUGAUGCCGAAACCGUAAGGGAUGAUGGUGAGGUCCUAACUUUCAAGAUGCAUGAUCUCAUGCAUGAUCUAGCUCGGAAAGUUGCUGGAGGUGAAUGCAAGAUUGUUGAUUUUAAAAAAGAAGAAACUUAUGGAGGAAUUCGACAUGCCUUACUUCUAUCAUGGAUUUUCUCUGAAGAGAAAAUGAUGUCCUUGCUCGAAACAUCCAUAUUGCGGACGUUUUUCAUUUUGUAUUGUCGUGAACUCAAAACAAGAUCCUCUGAACUUGACAAAGUUUUCUCGGGGUUAAGGCAUUGUCGGGUCUUGGGUUUGCGCCAAGCAGACAUUCCUCUCCCUCCCUCCUCCUUUGGAAAGUUGACGCACUUGAGGUUUCUUGAUGUUUCUCAAAACUAUUCUAUCCAGAGUCUGCCGGAUUCCAUCACGGAUUUGGUAAACUUGCAGACCCUUAAACUCUCUUAUUGCAGCAAGCUCACAACACUUCCUAGAGAUUUGAAGAAACUGGUCAACCUUAGACACCUCUUAAUUGAUGGGUGUCGCUCAUUGAGUCACAUGCCAUGCGGGUUGAGCCACUUGUCCUCGCUGCAGACUUUAUCCCAAUUCAUCGUCCAAAAGAUGGACCUCAAGGUACCUGGUGGUGUGGGAAGCUUAGAUGAACUGGGUGGCUUAAACAGAUUGGGGGGAUCCAUUCGUCUUGAACACUUAAAGUUCCUUCAACCGGCACCGGAGAAAUUUCACUUGAGGGAAAAGCAACGUCUCCGUUCCUUGGUGUUGAAUUGGUCGUGGGAGCAGCAAGAAGACGACGAAAGUGAGAGGGAUGAAUCCAUCUUGUGGGACAACCUCUGGCCGCACCCAAAUCUGACCAAUUUGAGCAUGGACUCAUGUAUGAGCAGGAGUCCGCCAAGCUGGCUUUCUACCAUCAAGAAUGUUGUUGAGCUGGAACUCGGUUGCUGUGGAAAAUGGAAGUACCUACCACCCCUGGGCGAACUCUCUUCCCUAAGGAGGUUGACUCUCAGACAAUUGGAUGCCUUGGAGUUCGUUCAAGAGAUAAGUGACCAGGAGCAAUUUAAUUCUGAGCGCCCCUUCUUCCCAUCUCUGGAGGAACUGAAGCUCAUGGGCUGUGAGAAACUGAAAAGCUGGUGGGGAAGAAGGCAACAAGUGGGAGCAGAUCAAGAUCAUUGGCAGUACGAUUCGCAUUCAGCAUUCCCAAAACUUUCGGUCGUGCGAAUAUCGUCUUGUUACCACCUGAAUUCCCUGCCGCUGUUCCCUCGGAUAAAGACCUUGACUUUUGCUUCUGCAGUUUGCGUGAAGUUGUUGGAACAACAAGUGAAGGCCGUUCCAAAUUAUCUAUCAGAAGCAGCACUAUCAACAUCCACCCCCCUCUCUAAAUUAGAGCAUCUAGAGUUUUUUUAUGUGAUGGAUCUGGAGGACUCGAUGUUCGAGAUUCUACUUCCACUCCUCAGAAAUCUCGAGUACAUGAGCCUCGAGUGUUGCCACAACCUAAGGAGUCUCUCUCAUGGUAUGCAGUACUUGUCCUCGCUCUCGAGCCUCCAAAUUCGAGACUGCGAAGAACUCGAUUUGUCGAGCCACGAUGAUGAGCAUGGCACCCAAUGGCGUUCCCUCGAGAAACUCUGUGAUCUUACAAUCACAAGACUUCCGAAGCUAGUGGCAUUACCCGAAGGGAUUCAACAUGUCCUCACGUUGCAAUCUCUUAACAUUACAUUCUGUGAGAAUCUGACAAGCUUGCCGGAAUGGAUUGGCAAUUUCUCUUCGCUCCAAAAACUUGAUGUUAGUUACUGCUCAUGUUUAACGUGUUUGCCUGAUGGGAUGCGUCGCCUCACCUCCUUUAAGAAAUUGAGAAUCGUUGGGUGUCCGGCUAUGCAAGAGUGGUGCCAAAGAGAAAGCAGAGCAGAUUGGGAAACGAUUGCUGACUUUUCAUUCCCCGUAUCAUAUGUAGAUGUUCCGUGGAGGACUGGAUGA